GUUUCCUAGCUCAGCUUGUGCAGUGGAGCUAUUGUUGUGUCUUCAUUGCUGCAGACCCUGAGGUUGGGGAAGACGGCUCUUGAACCAUUCUCUAUCAUUACCUUCAUGAUACUUUUUUUCAAAAGAAAAAUUGAACUCCUCACUUAUAUUUUUAAGAGAGCCUUGUGGACUCUGCUGCUGGGUCAAGCCUGGAUCAACAACCCAAGUAAACUCAGAACGAAGAUACUCCUGAAAAGCUGAUAUUGUGUGUCCCUGUGAGAGAGGGAGAUUGAGAGACUGAUAGUAACGCCUGGACCUAAGCAGAAGGCCACUCCCUAGAGAAAUGGCUGCUGAGCAAGGGAUUGUGGGGGAUCCGGUUCCCCAGUUCCAAGCUGGGCUGCAGCCAGGGGAGCAAAUGGUGGAACGGGGCCUAUUAAGCCCCAAACCGGAGGAAGAAUCCGAGGAAGGGAGCGAAACAUUGUCUAACAUCCCAGCCGGGAGCCCAGGGGGAUUCCCCAAAGGAAUGACGGCCCCACAGAUCAAAGAGGAAGCUAAAGAGGGUUUGGCGCCGCAGUGGGAACCUCAGUGGCGGCACUUCCCAAAGGAGCCGCAGGCCUUUCACACCAUUUGGGGGAAUCCACACCUCCCACAGCCCUCCCCCUGGGGCCACACCGAGGCUUUGCCACCUCCAUUACAGGGAGGAGUUAACGUUAGCCGAAGGCCCGGAGGAGAGUGGGCAGCCCAGCUCCUGUCUGGCCUCAGUAGAGAUAUUCAAGGGACAUUAGCCAAAGAUGAGACAGGCUGUGGGGAAGUCAAGGAGAAGGUGUCCUCGGAUGAGGAGACUGUUGGCAUGGAGCUGCGCCGCCAGCAGUUCCGGCAGUUUUGCUUCCAGGAAGCUGAGGGGCCCCGUGAGGUCUGCAGCCGCCUCUGGUUCCUUUGCUACCAGUGGCUGAAGCCAGAGAGACGCACCAAGGAGCAGAUCCUGGAGCUGCUGAUCCUGGAGCAGUUCCUGGCUGUCCUGCCACCGGAGGUCCAGAGGUGGGUGAAGGAGCGCAGCCCGGAGACCUGUGCCCAGGCAGUGGCCCUGGCUGAGGACUACCUGCUGAGGCAGGAAGAGCCACUGAGGACAGACGGUGAGCUCUCGGAGCCUCUCGGAGCAGAAGAAAGGAGCUUUGGGGCACUAUUGCCUUUGCAACACAUGGAGAAAGUGGUGUCUGGGCUGCUGGCAGAGGUGGGCCUGUAUUCUUCCAAAGCAAAGGGCACCUUCAGAAAGAGAAAGCAGGAGAGGGGCAGAGAUGUUUCGUUGCCGGCAGAUAACGUGCAGGAGAUGGAGGUCGGCGCAGUUUUGCCCCAGGAAACUCCUAAGAAAGAGGAGCCACCACAAGACUGUGGGAGAGACCUUGAUACAGGUUUGGACGUUGCCGGAUGUGAAGAUGCUCCCCCUGGCCUGAAACCUCACAAAUGUUCCGAGUGCGGGAAACGAUUCCACCAGAUCUCCCACCUUAAUAGACACCUGAGAAUCCACACUGGGGAGAAACCAUACAAGUGCUUGGAUUGUGGGAAAAGCUUCACACAGGGCUCCUGUCUCCUUGGACACCAGAGAAUCCACACGGGCGAGAAAGCGUAUUCAUGCUCCUACUGCGACAAAAGCUUCAUUUGGAGCUCUGGUCUCCAUCAGCAUGAGAAAAUCCACCUGGGUGAGAAGCCUUAUAAGUGUUUAGAAUGCGGGAAGAGCUUCCACCGGAGCUCAGCUCUCACCGACCAUGUGAGGUCCCACACGGGAGAGAAACCAUACACCUGCUCCGAUUGCGGAAAAGGCUUCAGCCAGCACUCAAACCUCAUCGUGCACAGACGAGUCCACACGGGAGAGAAACCGUACACCUGCUCCGUCUGCGGGAAAAGCUUCACCCGUACCGCGCUGCUUAUGGCGCAUCGAAGGAUCCACACGGGAGAAAAACCAUACAAGUGUUUGAUCUGCGAGAGGAGCUUCAGGGAGAGACCAGCUCUUACAAAACAUAAGAAGAUCCACAUGAGAGAAAACUUGUAGUAUGUUGGGACUUUUGGGAAAGCCUCAGUCUCGCCUCUCCUUUUCAGUUGGCUUGCGUCUCUCACCCAUUUUAAACUUAGCUCACCUCCACACCGUACAUUUAAAGCACCUUGUAUCAUAAGAACAUAAGAAGAGCCUGCUGGAUCAGGCCAAUGGCCCAUCUAGUCCAAUACCCUGGGUUCACUGUGGCCAACCAGAUGCCCGAGGGAAGCCUGCAAGCAGGACCUGAGUGCAAGAGCACUCUUCCCACUUGUGAUUCCCAGUAACUGCUAUUCAGAAGCAUCCUGCCUCCGACAGCAGGGGUAGAACAUAACUAUCAAGGCUAAUAGCCACUGAUAGCCUUAUCCUCCAUGAAUAUCUAAUCCUCUUUUAAUGCCUUCCACUUUAACAGUCACGGUUUCCCCCAAACAAUUCAGGUGGGAACUAUAAUUUGUUAAGGGUGCUGAGAGUUGUUAGGAGGCCCCUUAUUCCCCUCACAGAGCUACAAUUCCCAGGGUGGUUUGACAAUCAAUCCUUCUUCCCAGGAAACUUUGGGAAUUGUUGCUCCAUGAAGGCAAUUGUUGGCUGUGUCCUAACAACUUUCAGCACCCUUAACAAACUACAGUUCCCAGAGUUCUUUGGGGGAAGCCAAAUAUUGUUAAAGUGGUGCAAGAUUGUGGAUAUGACCUUAGAAUUGGCCUGUAGGUCAUGGAGUGUGUUCCAACUGAUCAGGGGCCAAUAUUCAAUCAUUUUACUUUGACGAGUUUAGCACUGUUGAACAGAAGAGUGAAGCUAGUGUGGCUGGGUAGGAACUACAUCACUCAGGAGCAAGAAAACAUUGGCCACUGGAAAAGAAGUUUUUACAUUUGUUGUUGGGGGGGGGUGAGGGGUGGAGACCAGGGAGCACAAGGAUGAGUGAGGCCAAACGGCUGCCACGUGGAAACUGAAUUUCACAUAACAGGUUUCAGCUAACCAGCCACAUCUUGAAUGGCAGUGGGUGUCGCAUACAAAAAAUGUUUGACAGAAAGUGACACCCAGCCAAUUUGCUUGCUGAAGAGGUUGCUCUUGCCACUGGAACCUCCGGCGCAGAAAAGUCUAGUCUCCUAAGUCCAUCUGCUAAGCCCUGUUUUUCCACCAAGGCCACGACUGUUUUCCCUACUGGUUUUCAGUUUUAGAAUUCUAUCCAAACUGAUCUCAGGGAUUCUUGAGAGCUUCUCAGAAAUGUCACAUAACACCAUCACAAAAAUUAGGAUGGGUUGUUGUAGUUGUUGAGUGAGUAGAGGCAAGCAAUUUAUUAUAGAAUUGGAUCUGUUGGGUUCCAGUGCAUGGCUAGUCACCUUUUACGGUUGUCACGCUGAAUCAAGAGGAGUUGGUAGGAACAUGCCUCUGUGGGUAAAUCUCCUGCAGCCUAAGUGUUGUAAAUCCUCCUCAGAGUGGACCCAUUGAAAUUAAUGAACCUAAUUUAGUUGUCAUUAUUAUUAUUUAUUAGGACGGGUCGCAAAAUUCAAUAUUAAAAACAGUUAAAUAUAGUCACAGGAAUAGAGUCUGUUACAGUCCAUUAACUUCAGUGGAUCUACUCUGAGUAGGAGUAGCUCUGAAUACCACCCACUGUUUUUGAAGGAUGUGUUUUCCCAAGUGCCUAAUCUAGGGUUGGCAUCCAGGAUUGGCCAAAGCCCCACAUCCUUGGAGUAGGUUUCACUGCCUCCCCCCCCCAAGAGGUUUCUGGCCCAGCAUCCUUCUCUUUCCUUGUGCUCUUGAACUGGGUGGUUGAGUGGUUUGAACCAAAGUGAACAGGCUGCAGUGGCAACAAGGAAAAGUCCGCACUGAGUUACUUGACUUGCAUCAAAGCACAUUGGUUUCAUUGAGCUGGGAGAGGUGCCAAAAAGAGCAGUCAAAGUGGAGCAACUUCCCUACAAGAAAGAUUACAGUGCGCUUUUAGAUGCAGGAAUAAGGGGUGCAUAAAAUUAAUGCCUGGCAGGGAGGAAGAAAACAGAAAGAAGACGCCUGCCCAGGGUCUUCCACUGCCAGAGGGCUGGGGCUGUGAGCCUCCAUUCCCAUGUCCCACAAUGCCCUGGGAUAACACUAAAUAAGGCACUGUGGGGCAUUAUGGGAAGUUAAAACAGCCGCUCCCAGCUGUUGCUAUGAAAUAAAACCAGGAGUAUCCAUUGACACAAGAGGAGGCCCCCCCAAGGGACUCUGCCGAACCCUUCUCUCCAUCCUCUGUUCCUUCCUAAACGUUCCUUCUGAGAAGCCUUCAGCUUUAACCCCGGAGGAGCCUUCAGCCAUUGUCUGCAACCCAAACAAAGUCUUGAGGCUAGGGUUGCCAGGCUCAGGGCCUGAGACUGAUCCUGUAUCUUUAGGAGAAGAGAAAGUCAGCCACGUGCAGGUGCUCUUGCAACACAGGUGGAAUUCUCCCUUCCCCUGGAGGGCCACAUUUGAAUCCUGGCCUGGAGGUGCCCCACCCCAGUGGAUAGGAAGCCACUGUAAGCAUUCAUCCCUUGGUAGCUUUGCCUCUGCAGCACGGAUGGGGGAGCUUGUGGUUCUCCAGUUGUUGGCUGCAUAGACUAGAUGGCCUAUAGGCAUCUUCCAACUCUAUGGUUCUAAGUACAUGUAAGCAGCCAUGGGUGGACCACAAUUCCCUUAAUCCCUGAGCAACAAUCAUGUUGGCUGGGACUGAAGGGAGUUGUUCAACAACAUCUGGAGGGCCACAGAUAUUCUCCACCUCUGCUCUGUACCCUGGUUCAUUUUUCUUCAUUUCUGGAAUCCCAAAAGAAAAGAAAAGUCCAAUAAUAUUUUAGAAAACAGUUGAAAGCAAAGCAUGGUGUUUCCCCCAAAUGGCUGCAGCUUAAAAGAAGGGAGAGUUGCAUGGGAACUGUUGAACAAGUUUAUUGAGGUUUGGAAGCAUUAAGUAGAAUCUUGGUUGUGGUGGGUUUCCCCCCCCCCAGGUUUUGCAAAGCAAACUUUGUUCUUUUGACUUUCUUGUUGUAGUUCCUAGUUGUGAAUGGGAAUUAUGGUUUGUAGUGUUUGUUUUUAAUGCAAAUAUAUAUAUUAAUAAAUAGAUUUUAUAAUUAAAUGUUUGUAAGGUUUGGGGAGAUUAGAACCAUCCUUUAUCUCCAUCAUACAUUGAUGGAGUUAUAUUUUUAAUAAUUAACAGUGCAAUUUAGGAGCGCCAAUAUGGUGCAGUGGUUAGAGUGUUGGAUUAGGACCUGGGAGACUAGGAUUCAAAUCCCUGCUCGGCAGUGAAGCUCACUGGGUGACCUUGGGCCAGUCACUGUCUAACCUACCCCACAGGUUGUUGUGAUGAUAAAAUUGGGAAGGGGAAAAGCAUGUUCUAUGCCAUCUUGAGCUCCUUGGAUGAAAAGCGGGAGAUAAAUGUAAUAAAUAUAUAAUGUGCAGGUCUACUCAGAAGUAAGGCUCAUUGAGUCACAUCAGACUUACUCCAGGUAAACAUAUACAGGAUUGCCAUGUUAGGCAGUGAAUUCAAUGAGAUUUACUUCUGAGUAGACAUGCAUAGGAUUGUGUAGUAAAAGUCAUGCCCUCAAGGUGUUUCACAAAUUUUCAGUGGAAAUCCUGUUUUGACUUCUUUUUAAACUUAGGCUGUGUACACCCCAUACAUAGAAAGCCCAUAGCUGCCCCCAAAGAAUCCUGGGAAAUGUAGUUUACUUCUCACAAAGCUACAAUUCCCAGCACCCUUAAGAAACUACAAUCCCCAGGAUUCUUUGGGGGAAUUCAUAUGCUUUAAAUGUAUAGCUGUGUGGAGCCCUAAUUUAUAUUCUUUUUUUUUUUCAGUAACCAGUUACACAAAAGGCACUCAUACAGGAAUGGGGAAAAGUAUGUACUGUAUCAACUUUAGCCAAAUACUCACUGGGUGACCUUGGGCCAGUCGCUGCCUCUCAGCCUCAUGAAAACCCUAUUCAUAGGGUCGCCGUAAGUCAGAAUCGACUUGAAGGCAGUACAUUUACAUUUUAUAUAUAUAGAUAGAUAGAUUAUGUAUACAUAUAAAGUGAACAUCACAGGCUUGAAUAUUUAUGUAAACAUAGAGAGGGGAAAUAUACUGGCACUUAAGCUUACUCUGGAAGAACUCCUACAUGAAUCAUUAUCUUUGUUCUGGUUCCUUAGAACCAUACCUUCAUUAUAUUACUGCAGCAUAUGGAUCUGUAGAAAUCUUUUUGGAAGCACAUGGCUUCCCCCCAAGAAUCCUGGGAACUGUAGUUUGUUAAGGUUGCUGGGAAUUGUAGUCCUGUGAGGGGUGAAGCUACAGUUCCCAGGAUUCUUGUGGGGAAGCCAUAUGCUUUAAAUGCAUGAUGUGGAUGUAAUCUUAAUUAGUUAAUUAAAACCCACUUAAUUGGAGACAAGGAUCUUUUAUUGGUUGGCAAUGCUAGUUUGCACUUAUGAUGAUAACUAUUUUAUAAGGGAGGGUUCCUGUGCUGUGUCUCCUGUGUCAGUUGAUGAGGGGGGGAGAGAAAGAGAAAUCAUUUUGCAAGCGUUGGCUGCAAGGGGGACUGAUGCAUGCAAAAAAUCAGGGCUGCUUGUUUCAGCUGCGCAGUGCCAAACUGAGCAGGAUUUAACCCCACUGCUCAUCAACUGAGGAGUGUGUGGGGUGUGUGUGAAAUCUUGCUGCUUUGGCUGCCUAACAUAAAAUACCAAGGAGGUAAACAAUGUUAAAACAUUAAAAAAUAAAAAUACAGAUAAUCAAGGUGACUGGCUAAUCAAAAUAAAAAUUAAACAACUGCAAAGGCCUGUCAGCAUAAAAAAGAUCUUCAAGAGUUGCGUGAAAGUCAAAAGUGAGGAGCCUGCCGAAUUUCUGCUGGAAGAGAGUGUUCCUUCUCAUGGGACCAGCAACACUGAAUGCCUGACUCCUAAUUGAGGCCAGUUGGGUCUCUGUAACAUGAGGGAGAACUAAUUGCGCUCCUCUGGAUAAUCACAGUGAGCUUGGCUGCAUUCACACUGUAUAUUUAUUCCACUAUUAUUCCACUUUAAACAAUUGUGGCUUUCCCCAAAGAAUUCUGGGAAGU